AUGAGUAUGGCCAAACGGUCCCGUCGUGUGAAACAUGCCUUGGUAUGCUAUGUCCGCCUGCGCCACGGUCCGCUGGUGGUCAGCGAGGGCGCUGGUCGGCUGUAUGCCGACGAUGCCGGCAUUGUGUCGAAGUCCGCCGACGGCCUGGCGAGGAUGAUGACCAUUAUCGUGGAGGUGUUCCGGGAGUUCGGGCUGACGGUGUCGGAGAGGAAGACGGAGACAUUGGUGAUGCGGGUGAAGGAGAAACAGCGACCGCCGCCGACGCCACCGCCGCCGCUGACCAUCGAAGCAGCGGGGCAAAGGUACGCACAGACGACCGAGUUCCGAUACCUGGGCGGCCUCAUCAACGAGCAGGGCGACCUCACCCGAGAGAUCAACCACAGGAGCAAAGCAGCGUGGGCGUGCAUUAGGCGAUACGCCACGGAGCUCUUCGACCGACCGGGAGCACCGUUUCGCCUCAAAGCCCGCCUGCUCCAGGCGGAGGCAGUGGAGGCACUGCUAUACGGCUGCAUGACAUGGUCCCCACGCCGCAACCACUACGGAAUGCUGCAGACGACACACCACCGGCUACUCCUGCGAGUCAUCGGCUACCGGCGCAAACGAGGCACCUACCGGCAGCUGUCAUACGCCCAGGCGCUAAAGAGGGUCGGCUGCCAGAGCGUGGAGGCCACUGUCCGUCAACGGCGCCUGCUCUUUGCGGGGGCCGUGGCAAGACAGCCGGACGGGCGGCUUCCGAAACGGCUGAUGUUCGGCGAGUUGGUGGGAGGGGAGGACCCGGGCCAGGGAAACCCGGAGCAGAACUGGCUGACAUGCCUGAAGGACGACAUGAAGAUGUUCGAAGCCAGGGAGCUGAGAGGUUCAUGGCCUCUUGGCACAAGGGCAAGGAGGAGGCCAGCCGACAACGAGCCAUCAAACGAGGAGACAGCGGGCCCAAAAAUAGUCUAGAUACGGCACCAAUCAACGGGGCGGUAGGGGGGGCGGAAGGAAACGGCGCGGCGGGAAGAAAGCAAGCGAGAAGAGACCGACCGCGUGACGUGACAUGUUGCGGUCGAAUUUCAACGACUAAUUUUUCUGUUGCCCUCUCCCCCGUUUGCUGUCGCGUUCAGACUGUCUCUAGGGAUAUCCCUGUCUCUGUGCGAGUUUGUUUGUGUCCUCGUCUUUGCUUUAUUCUUUUUUAUUUUGUCUUUUGUUUUGUUUUUUACUGGCACGUACCCCCGCCCCUUCCUUUGGCCGUCGACCUGCCUCCAUGUAGUGGGAGGCUACCCCCCCAGGCUGGUGGUGCGGCCGUUCCACUAGUCUAAUUAUUUAUUUUAUUUUAUUUUAUUUGUUUCUGAUUAUAUUUUGUUUUCUUGUAUUUUAUCGCUCUGCUGACCCUUGGGGUCCAUUUUAUUUUGGUAUACCUUUUCUAGGUACGUUAGCCUGUGACCACGGAAAUUGACCGAGUCAAGUGCUGGAUUAGUACGGAGAGAUUGAGACAGAAGGAGGUACUGGAUAGAGAGACCGGGAUGGUUUUUAAUGUGAACACAACAACAAUGGACACGUGUCGUGCGGCGAGGGUGGAUAGUCGCUAGGAUAUAUGGCAAUGUCGCGGUUCCAGUUUUUCCGGUUUGGUGGUGUUCUGUUGUUUGUUGUUUUUCUUCACAUUAACUCGUGUCAGUUGCUAAUCCCAAAAUCUAUCAAGGACUCGAUCCGUGGUCACAAAAACGCUAGAGCCGUCAGAAGAUCUGAAGAACACACAAACUAUUAGCAAGCAAAGGGCACGCAAGCCCGAGGAGGUACACCUGCAAUCCCUGCAGCACGUUUGCGUGCUCACAACUGAAGUACACGCCCACACACUACAAAUCGACUACAGCAACAGCAUCACCCCGGUUCUCCCGCAUUUAACCAAAAUGAAUGUUUUUCGACUACAGCGUACUGCUGUCUAAAGUGCUGUCUGUACAAUAAUAACACCAUGAUGCGUGGUACACAAUUACGGCACCCGGGUUAUCCGCGCCAUCUCUGCCGCGUCUCUCUACAAAACCAGUGACGUCAUCACACACACCGAACACCUGUAUUCAGGAAAAAAAACGGAAAAAUAAUUGACAAGAGAUGUUUGUCCGUGCGCCACGGUUCGAUGCCGUCCGCCUGCUCCGGUUCCGCUGCUGCUCCGGUGCCGCUGCUCCGGUGCCGCUGCUCCGGUGCCGCUGUGGCCAGUCGUAGCACGACCAAACGACCCGCUCCGCUUCGGACACGCUCUCGUUGCUGUCCUCCCCGGUCAGUUCCU